AUGAAUUCGACUGCGCAAGUCCCGUUUGCUAGCUACGUACCAAAGGUCGCAAUCGUCACCGGAAGCGCACAGGGGAUUGGCUUUGCCAUUGCUCACAGACUCGCAGAUGAUGGCCUUGAUGUCGCCGUCAAUGAUGUACCUGCAAAGCAGAAAGAGCUAGAUUCCAUCGUUGAAGAGAUUCGCAAGAAAGGCCAGCGUGCAAUUGCUGUUCCGGGUGACAUUUCCUCUGAAUCAGACGUUGCUUCAAUUGUCGAGACUGCGGUCCGUGAUCUCGGGGGUGUAGACGUCAUGGUUGCAAAUGCAGGGAUAUUCCUCGCUGGUGGCUUUCUUGAACUGCCCAUUGAAAAGCUAGAUGCCACUCAUGCGGUCAAUGUUCGUGGAACUUUUCUCUGCCUCAAGUACGCGGCACUGCAAAUGGUGAAGCAGGGGCGCGGAGGAAGAUUGAUAGCUGCAAGUUCAGCUUCUGGAAAGCAAGGUGGACAAAAUAUAACAGCGUACGCGGCUUCAAAGUUCGCAAUACGCGGUAUCACGCAAUCUGCCUCCGUUGAUCUACGCCAAUAUGGAAUUACGGUUAAUACGUAUGCGCCUGGAGCCAUCCGUACGCCUAUGUGUAAGUUGUUUAUUCUUUCUCGCCUUUGA